UCAUCAUUUAAAAUUCCAUCAUCAUUCAUAAUUAUGUAUCCAAAACCAAAAAAAAAAAACAACAACACAGUAGCCUAUAGAAAAAUAUCGAAAUCGAGAAUCUAAUUAAUUAUUCAUUAAAUUAAAUUAUAAAAAUUUGUCCAAUAAAAAAUCCAAUACGACCAAAUAUUGGUGAUUAUAUCGAAAAUGUUUUUAUUAAGCGUUUCAAAUCAAUUCAUCACAAUGAUAAUGUUGGCUAUGAUCAUCAUCAUCAUCACCAUUGCCAUCGAUUCAACAACAUGCACUGUACAUGAUUUAAUUUGUGAAUCGAUUAAAAAUACCAGUGAUCAUGAUGAUACAUUUGACAUAUUGAAUGUUGGUGUUACUAGAGAGAAAAUUAUUUUGGUAACAAAAAAAUGGUUUGUCUACGAAAUGGACAUUAAUUCAAUGAAAGAUGGUAAAUUAUAUCUGAAUGUAUUGCCUACACCGGCAUCGGCUAAAUUUCCAUACCUAUGGAGUUAUAAAAGAUUUCAAGAUAUAAAAGAUAAAAUUACCGAUGUACAAAUAUUUAUGGAUGAUGAAGGCGAUUGGUUAUGUUUGGUGCCAAUAUUUGAUUAUGGAAUCGGUUAUCAUAUUGAUACAAAUGAAAUAAUUGUCAUUACUUGGUUUAUGAGAAAUAAUAGCAUUGAAAAUGAACGAUCAAUUGGAACAAUGGAAUCAUAUCGUAAUUAUAUAUUUCGUUAUAUUAGAUUUGAUAUUACAGCUAAAGCAAUACAGAUUAAUAAGGAUUCAAUCAACGGUACUAUUGGUGUUCGAAAUACAAAAAGAAUUCAUAUUGUAAAUUUAUGGACUUAUAUUUGUUUAACAUCGGAUAAUAAAAUCGUUAUACAAUAUGGUUUUUGUCAAAAUUAUGGCCUACAAACAGUUGAUUGGGAUAUACAGGGUGGUUUUGUUGUCAAUGAACAAUUUUAUUUACUCGGAAAAGAUAAUGUUUAUUCAUUUUCUGAACAAGCAUAUUUGAAACCGAAUCAAUCAUUUGCUUAUAGUAAACAAGAUUAUCGAUCAUUUAUUUAUUGUUAUGGUGAAAUUGAUUCAUUACCAUUUAAUAGAAUUGUUCGUAUUAUAUUCAUCAUUAUAAUAUUGUUGUUGAUAAUAUUGGUUAUUUUAUUAUUCAUAAAUAUAAAUCAACGUCGCCAUCAUCGACAAAAAUCUAGAGAAAUUCUUAAAGUAAAAGUAGCAAAGAAACCACCACCACCACCACCACCUUCACCAUCAAAAGCAGUUAAGCAAACAAAACAACAACAGAUUAAAAGUAAAAUAUCAAUGGACAAAAAUUCUAGCAUAAUUCAAAAAAGUGCAAAAUUCAGUUCUAUAGGCACUAUGCGAUCGGAAAUUGGUAAAAUACCUGUGCCAGUAAUAUCUCGCCAAUCAAGUAGUAUGGAAAAAAGUGCAAUACAAAAGUCAAAAUUUUUUUAAUAUGAAAAAAAAAUUUUUUCUAUUUCCA